UACACUGGGGAGCGCAUGGAGGAGGCGGAGGCGGCGGGCGGCGCGGGAGAGGGGGGUUGCGGCCCGGCGGGGGCCACCCCAGCGGGUGGGCGGGGGUCGUGGGACUGGGCGGGGGCGGCUGGCGGCAACUGGAUGGUGACUCACCCCACGUUCACAGAAAUGAUGUCUCUUGAUAUAUCUGACAGUGCUCAAAUCUAUGCUGCAUUUGUGGUGUACCUGGACCUCUUAGAAGGGAGAAACUGGCAUGAAGUGAAGCAUGUUGGAGUAGCAGAACUGCAGCUUGUGUGUUUGCAUGCACGGGAAAGAGAACAGGACAGUCUCCAAGUGAUGGUGCCGGUACCUGUGCACAUAUCAUUAAGCCAUGAGAGGAUAAGAGAAAUCAUGAAGAAAGCGUCUCUCCCACAAGAUGAUCCUGACACCCCGCUGUCAGUUACUUUGGCCAUAGUUGAGUCAGAUUCCACAGUAGUCUACUAUAAAGUGACUGAUGGCUUUGUAAUACCAGAUCCUCCUGACGAUACUGAAGAUGUGGACAAUAAACAGUGGAGGAAGAAAAGAAAGAAGCUUUUCAAAUGAUUAAGACAAACAGACUGUUCUUGAACUACUGUCCUCAAACCUAAACAAAUUCAGGAACUUAUGUAUGUAAAUAAGUAGUGUGUUAAAGUCUGCCUUCUGCUUAUCAAGCAUCUGUUCAGGGAGAAUGGAGGCUUGUGCAGCUGCACAGUAAUGAAAUGCCAUUUGAAGUAUGAAAUGGGUCAUGCUUUUGAGACGGAUUGCUCCUGGCUAAUAAAUAUACUUGUGAGAUGUUUCCAAAGUUAGUCUCUCCUUGAUAUCUGUUCAGGUUCAUAACAGAAUAAAUAUAUCCUUACCUGUAUUGUAAAUAUUGAUUAAAGGUAAAUCUUAAGGGUUUCUGGCAGGAGUACCAAUACUAAGUUAAGAGCUUUGUUGUUUGACAGUGUUAACACAAAGACGCUCUGUAGAAGCACUCAUGCUACCUCCCAGGUUACACUUCUGAACACUUACCUUCCUUCCCCUGCUUUUGGAGAAGAGACUUUACCACAGAAAUACCUCAUUUUAAAUUUUUAUCUGUAGAGGAAAAACUGACUAUAGCAAUACCAGAGGCUACUAGAACAAAGUGUAGACUAGUAAAGAGGGGUCUCUGGAUGAAGAACCUACGAGCAGAUGCCAGCCCUUCAUAUGGAGGCAGGUUAUGACUGGAUCAAUGACACCUGGAAGUGUUGCCCCAGGGUAGCAUUACCCACGUAGCUAAACACACACCAUGCUAAAAGUCGCGAUCCAGAAACACCACCAGGCUCUCGUUCCACUUAGCAUUGGACAGCUGUCUAAGGACCGAUGGUCCGUCCCAGUGCAAUGAAGUUAUCUAAAUGGUGACCUGCCCUCUCCUUGUGUUUCCUGUCUGAAAUAGCUUCAACAGGCUUUUAGUGCUUCACUGUGAUGUUAGUGCUUAAAGCUCUCUGAAGAGCAGCGUAACAAUGGGGCAUGUUUUUAUCUGUCACCAAAGUAUGUCACCUUUUAUGCUAUGAGUGCACACUAGCCGUUAUCUGCUUCAUUCAGCAAGCAGGUUUCUAAACCCAUUGUAAUUUCUAGGAUAUUUUUUUUUUUACAUAGCUUCUGCUAGUUAAACUGGCUGCCGGAGAGGUGCUUCAGCUAGGAGUAAGUUAAGAGGAAAAUAAACCUAACUUUCAGUUUCUUUUACGGCAAUUUUCUGUCUUUCACAUAGAAAUCUUCCUCAGGUUAAACUUAAGAGUUCCAUAGAAAUCAAAUAGAAUCCCAGAAGCAGCUUCUCAAGUACAAAAAUGUCCGUAUGACAUAUGUGUGGCCAAGGACCACAAAACGUGAAACACAAGAGCUCUUUUUUUGCGUGGGUAUAAGAAUGGGAGAGAAUCCAAAAAAACGAAGCUGGAAAUAAAAGACUAUUUAAGCUUUACUA